AUGGCCAAAGUGAAGAAGGACGGGAAGCGCAAGGCCGAGAAAGAGGGCGCUUUGGGCGGCAAGAAGAAGGCGGAGGCGGAGGAGCCCGAGGAGGAGGAGGACGUGUCCUCGAUGCAAGCCGUGAAGAUGGCGAAGAGCAAGCUGUCUGCGCUCGAGAAGAAGGGCAAGGCGGCCAAGGCUGCGGCAGAUGACGAUGACAGCGAUAGCGACGAGCCGGCACCAAAGGCCAAAGCAAAGGGUGCCAAAAAGAAGCCGGUGCCAGAGGACGACGAUGACAGCGACGAGCCUGCACCCAAGGCCAAGGCCAAAGCCUCGCCCAAAGUGAAGGCGAAGGCCAAGGCAAAGGCCGCGGCAGAUGAUGAUGACGACGACAGUGACGAUGACGAGCCGGCUCCAAAAGCCAAAGCCAAAGCAAAGGCUAAAGCAAAGGCGGCCGCGGAUGACGAUGAUGACAGCGACGAUGAUGAGCCGGCUCCGAAAGCAAAGGCCAAAGCAAAGGCCAAGGCGAAGGCCGCAGCAGAUGAUGACGAUGACAGCGAUGACGAUGAUGAGCCGGCUCCCAAAGCGAAGGCCAAAGCAAAGGCCAAAGCCAAAGCGAAGGCCGCUGCAGAUGAAGACGAUGAUGAGGACAGCGACGAUGACGAGCCCGCACCGAAGGCAAAGGUCAAAGCCAAGGCCAAAGCAAAGGCUGCAGUCGAUGAUGACGACGACGAUGACGACGAAGACGAGCCAGCACCGAAGCCCAAGGCAAAAGCUAAAGCCAAAGCCGUGGCCGACGAUUCCGACGACGAUGACGAUGAUGAGCCUGCACCAAAGCCCAAGGCAAAGCCCAAAGCCAAGGCGAAGGCUGCCGCGGAUGAUGACGAUGACGAUGACGAGGAGGAGGAGGAGGAGGAGGAAGUCCCUCCUCCCAAGGCGAAGAAGGCCAAGACGGAAGGCGAUGGCAAGGACGCGGAGACUGGCCGGAAAGUCCGGGUGAACCUGAAAGAAUCCAGUGCCGAGGAGUCGAACGAAGUCUUCGUCGGCGGCUUGCCCUUCGCGACCAGCGAAGAGCAGGUGAAGAAAGACUUCGAGGAGUGCGGGGAGAUCGUCAAGUUUAGCAUGCCGAAGAACGACGAGGGCCGGCCGAGAGGCAUCGCCUUCAUCACUUUCAAGACCAAAGAAGGCGUGGAAGCGGCGCUGAAGUACGAUGGCGACGAGUAUGGUGGCCGCACCUUGAAGGUGAACCUCUCCUCAGACAAGCCCGCUAAGGGCAAAGGGAAGGAGAAGGGAAAAGACAAAGGCAAGAGCAAAGGAAAAGACAAGGGCAAAGGAAAGGGCAGUCAGAACGACGAGCUCACGGUUUGCAUCAGGGGCCUCUCCUACAACCUGGACGCGGAGACCGUCGAGAAGGACUUCGCGGAGUGUGGAGAGCUGGUCUCCUGUCGUUGUCUGAAGAAUGAGGACGGGCAACUCAAGGGCAUCGCCUUCGUCGAGUUCAAAGAUGAAGAGGCUGUGAAGAAGGCCUUGGAGUUCAAUGAGACCGACUACAGUGGACGAACCAUCUACGUCAGCAAAGCAGGUGACCGUGAAGGCAAAGGCAAGGGCAAAGAUGGCAAAGGUAAAGACGGCAAAGGAAAGUCCAAGGACGGCAAAGGAAAGGGCAAAGAUAAAGGAAAGGGCAAAGGGAAGAAGGGCAAGGCGACCUCGGCUAACAAAGCAGCCAAGGAUGGAACGAUGGUCGAGUCCACAGGCACGAAGCAGACCUUUGACGACUCGGACGAGGAGGAGGAGGAGAGGCCAGCGAAGAAGGCCAAGGUGGCCAAAAAACCUGUCGUUGAGGAGGACGACGAUGACGAUGAUGAUGAGUGA